CCAACAGCAGCGGCGGCCCGUUCCUACCCCCGCCGUCCGCGCCCGUCCGGCCCGGCCACGGAGGCAGCGACGCGGCGGGAGCCGGAGCCUGUGCCCGCCGAGAAGCGCAGCGCCGCCGGGCGCCCAGCAGUCCGAUGGGGCCGCAGCGGCCGUUGCGUACGGCCGCGACCGCCCUGCUCUGGGGCUUCCUGCUCCCGCUGACAGCUGCUCAGGAAGCAAUCCUGCACGCGUCUGCAAGUGGCAAACCUCUACCAUCUAAGGACUACUGUAUGCUAUAUAACCCUCACUGGACAGCCCUUCCAAAUACCCUAGAAAAUGCAACCUCCAUCAGUUUGAUGAAUCUGACUACCACACCACUAUGCAAUCUUUCUGAUAUUCCACCUGAUGGAAUAAAGAGCAAAGCAGUUAUAGUACAGUGGGGAACCUGCCAUAUUCUUGAAAAAGCCAGAAUUGCACAAACAGGAGGUGCUGAAGCAUUGUUGGUUGCCAAUAACAGUGUCCUAUUUCCUCCCUCAGGGAACAAAUCUGAAUUUCAUGAUGUGAAAAUACUGAUUGCAUUUAUAAGCCGCAAAGACUUUAUAGAUAUGAAGCAGACUCUUGGAGAUAACAUUACUGUGAAAAUGUAUUCUCCAUCAUGGCCUAACUUUGACUAUACUAUGGUGGUUAUUUUUGUAAUUGCUGUGUUCACUGUGGCAUUAGGAGGAUACUGGAGUGGACUAAUUGAAUUGGAGAGCAUGAAGGCAGUGACAAACACUGAAGACAGAGAAAUGAGGAGAAAGAAGGAAGAAUAUUUAACUUUUAGUCCUCUAACAGUUGUAAUAUUUGUGGUCGUGUGCUGUGUUAUGAUGGUCUUACUUUAUUUCUUCUACAAAUGGUUGGUUUAUGUUAUGAUAGCAAUUUUCUGCAUAGCAUCAGCAAUGAGUCUGUACAACUGUCUUGCUGCACUCAUUCAUAAGAUACCAUGUGGACGAUGCACGAUUAUGUUUCGUGGCAAAAGCAUUGAAGUGAGGCUUAUUUUUCUCUCUGGACUAUGCAUAGCAGUAGCUGUUGUUUGGGCCGUAUUUAGAAAUGAAGAUAGGUGGGCUUGGAUUUUACAGGAUAUCUUGGGGAUUGCUUUCUGUCUGAAUUUAAUUAAAACACUGAAGUUACCCAACUUUAAGUCAUGUGUGAUACUUCUAGGCCUUCUCCUCCUCUAUGAUGUGUUUUUUGUUUUCAUAACACCAUUCAUCACAAAGAAUGGCGAGAGUAUCAUGGUUGAACUUGCAGCUGGACCUUUUGGAAAUAAUGAAAAGUUACCAGUAGUCAUCAGGGUACCAAAGCUGGCCUAUUUCUCAGUAAUGAGUGUGUGCCUCAUGCCAGUUUCAAUACUGGGUUUUGGAGACAUUAUUGUACCAGGCCUGUUGGUUGCAUACUGUAGAAGAUUUGAUGUUCAGACUGGUUCUUCUUCUAUAUACUAUGUUUCCUCCACAAUUGCCUAUGCGGUUGGCAUGAUACUCACAUUCGUUGUUCUGGUGCUGAUGAAGAAGGGGCAGCCUGCUCUCCUCUAUUUAGUUCCUUGCACGCUUGUUACUGCCUCAAUUGUUGCUUGGAGACGUAAGGAAAUGAAAAAAUUCUGGAAAGGUAGCGGCUAUCAGGUGAUGGACCAUCUGGACUAUGCAACCAAUGAAGAAAACCCUGUGACUGCUGGUGAACAGAUUGUCCAACAAUAAUAUUGAGUGGACCUGCAAUAAUGUGUCAGUUGAUUUUCUACAAAUAGAGUUUGACUUUUUAAAUUGACUUUUGAAUUGACAAUCUUAACGAAUCUUCAGUGAUAUGCUUGCAAAUACAUAUUUUUAAGAGCUGGUACUGACAAUUACAUCAAAUAAUUGAAACACAUUUGCUUUUAACUAUGUUAAAGUUGUGCCUUCACAUUAAAUAAAGCAUAUGGUCUGUGUAA